CCCGCAGGCCGGGGCGUCUCCGGAGUUGUGUGCCCUCGGGAGGCUGCAUGGCCGACUGCAGCUCCUCCUCUCUGAACAGGAGGCAAACAUGACUCCAGGCUACCGAGGAUGAGCUGUGGCCACUGGAGGGCGACAGAUGGAGGCAAGCUGCGACUCCGGAGCCCCGGCGGGGGCUGCUGAGGCUCCCAAGGAGAAUGCUGGUCAAGCCAGGAUCUUGCCAGCCUCCCCCUCCAGAGACAUCCACAAGAAUAGUAAGGGGACCGUCUUUUCAUCUUCAUCAACUUUAGACUUGAGUCAAAGUGGCCUGCGCCAUCUGGAAAAAGUCUUUGUAAUCCCCAACCUUCAACAAUUGCAUCUUCAGAGAAAUACCCUCUGCAUGAUUCCUAAAGAUUUCUUUCAGUUACUGCCAAACCUGACGUGGCUGGACCUCCGGUAUAAUAAAAUUAAGGUGCUUCCUUCCGGGAUUGGAUCUCACAAGCAUUUGAAAACUUUGCUUUUAGAAAGAAAUCCUAUCAAGAUGUUACCUAUGGAGCUAGGCAAUGUCGCCACCCUGAGAGCACUGAACUUGAGACACUGCCCCCUGGAGUUCCCUCCUCAGCUGAUUGUGCAGAAAGGAGUGGCCUCCAUCCUGACCUUCCUGCGGAUCUGUGCAGCGGAGCACAGCCUCCCUAAGGGUGCGGCUUCUCAAGAGAGCUCAUUGGUUAAAAAGAUGGACCUAAAUGAGCUUCCAGUUCUCGUGCAAGAUUUAUCACAGUAUAGGAACCCUCAGGACCAUGUGAUGAAGGAAAAGGUGGAUUAUCCUCCAACUGUGGAACAAUUAGGCCUGAGUGAGCUCAGAAGGUCUACCGAAUCCCCGCAGCCGUGGCCGAGCAAAGAGGAGAUCAAGCGCUUCUGGAAGCUAAGGCAGGAGAUCGUUGAGAAUGAAAAGGCGGAGGUUCUUGAAAACCAGCUCCUUCCUGUUGAGUUGCCACCAAAUAUCAAGGCAGCAUUAAACACCAAGGAGAGAGAACACUCAAAUGCAAGGCACGUGUUCAGAAGGAAGAGGCCCUCCUUCAAGAACAUCUUACCUGAUCUUUCAUCGCCGUACCAAACAAUGAUUCCAACGAAAAGACUUGAGGAACGCCGAGUCGCGGCCCUCAGAGAGCUCCGAGAGAAGCAGGCUCUAAUGGAGCAGCGGAGGAGAGACAAAAGAGCCCUGCAGGAGUGGAGAGAGCAGGCCCAGAUGCUGAAGAAGAAGAAGGAGGAGCUCAGCAAGCUCCUGCCCUCAGCUAGGAGCCUGGUGGCACCAAAGAUUCCACUUACUACACGUCUGCCCGAUCAUGGGGAGGUUCCAGGGAGUCCACGUGGCAGAAUGAAACACAGCAAAGAGAGCUCGUCUCAGGCGAACGGAGACCUAAGCGUCUCCCAAGUGGCAGCGGAUCUGGAGGACAAGAUAAAGCGGCACAUCCAGCAGAUGCAUGUGCGUAGGGGCUUCCAAGGCAUACCAGUGCUGCAGGAGAUGAAGACGGUCACCCAGGACUUGGACAUCGCCAAGAAACUACAGGAUGAAGUAAUGAAACUAAAAUUGGAAUUGAGCAAAGAGCAUCCAUUUGCGACUCUCACUGGAAACCUUUCACUUCACCCACCAAAAGCACAACCUCAAAACAUAUUUUUUAAAACAAAAUAUUAGGAACAUGUUCGUAGUCUCAGUGUCAAGGUUCUUCAAGCACGAGGAUCCAGCUCAUCUCUUAUGGUGAUGGGGACUGGUUAAGAUAUUCAGUGAUUUUAUGGUUUAUUUCACAGGCAGCCCUUUGUUGUUUUUAUAUAAAUCUGUGUCCCUUUUCUGAGGCUGUGAAAGUUUUAAGCUGCAUUAAAAGAAUGAGAAUA